UUCAAUCCGGAAGCAAGAUGGCGGCAGCCGAUGCCGGGACGGAAGAGAAGUCCCGAGGAAAGCUCUCUGCAGCCUGUAUCGCUGCGGUGGUGGUACUGGUCGGGCUGCCUCUCUGGUGGAAAACAACAGAGACCUAUCGUGCCUCACUGCCUUACAGCCAGAUCAGUGAGUUGGACCUGCUCUUGCUCGAUAUAAGUGUGCCGGUGGAGGUGGUCUUUGCGAGGGGCACACUGACACCAGAACAACAGAAGAGGCUGCUACCGCAGACCCAGUUCAGCCAUAAACGGACCCAGCUCGAUGGUAAAACAGGCUUGAAGUACCGGUAUGAGAAGACAUACAGAGCUGUAACUGGGCUAGAACAAGAUGCCUUAAUGAGCAAAAGUGUGGAAGGGGCAGUUGUCACCUUAUCGCAGGUUUACGAGAGCCCAGCGGGUUCGGUGGUGAUCUAUGUCGUGCCCACGGAUUCCCAGCUGAUGCCAGAUGAAGUCAGGGUUUACAUCGGGAAGCACAGGGCCAGCUUGCUACGCUCUCCGGUGACUGGCUCGCACAGCGUGCAGGAUGUGCUCCGGGACAUCGAUGACGGCAUUGAGGAGAUCCUGCAGAUGGUGUCCUUCACCGACGAUAUGGUGGUCGCCGCAUUGUCCAACCGCGUUCCCUCGGGAACCUUCGGCGCCGACAGCUUCACGGCGACUUCAACAGCAUUCAAAUCCAGUCUCGGAUACGAAAUCACCUUCAGUCUGUUGAACCCUGAUCCCAAGUCCCAUGACAUCUGUUGGGAUAUUGAACGAGCUGUGAAUAAUUACGUGCAGCCCUUCCUGGACAAGCUGUCAUUCGUUGCCAACUUUUCCGUAGACUCUCAGAUACUCUACUAUGCGGUUCUUGGAGUGACCCCGCGCUUCAAUAAAACCUCAUCCAGCUUCUCACUGACUGAGGACAGCUUGUCCCAUGUGAUCAAUCCAGUCGAGGCCAAACUCGGAUCUAAUGUCGCUUCAUCCUAUCCGGUUUUGAAUUUUCUUCUCUAUGUUCCUGAGUAUUCUCAUUCUCCUCUGUACAUCCGUGACAGCAGUGGCUCUCCUGUCAAGUCAAACGCCUUUCACAGCCCCCGCUGGGGAGGAAUCCUGAUUUACAAUGUGGACCAGCAGCAGGUGAACAAAACUCUCCUCCCAGUUUCGGUCAAGGUGGACAUGGCUCGAGUGAUGGAGGUGUUUCUGUCUCAGCUGAGGUUGUUGAUGGGGAUACAGAAGGUGCAGCCCCCUCCGGACACUGUCAUCCAAAGCCCCGGCAACAUGGUCGUCACUGACUGGGAGACCGACCGUCUCCUCUGCAUCAGGACUGUGGAAAACAUCGCCACAGCCACAAACACACUGACCUCCCUGGCACAGCUCAUCGACGAAAUUGGGAACAUCGUGAUCAAUGACAACAUUGCCUCUGAGGUAUACAGCGCUGUGGCUUCUGUGCAGCAGUCGCUCGAGGAACUGGAGGCUGGGAGGCUCUUGGCUGCCUUCCAAGCCAGCAAGGAGGCCAUCACCUCGUCUGAGAAAGCCUUCUUCGAUCCUUCACUCCUGCACCUCCUGUACUUCCCGGACGAUCAGAAGUUUGCCAUUUACAUUCCGCUGUUCCUGCCCAUGUGUGUCCCCAUCGUGCUGUCACUGGUGAAGGCAGGGACGGAUCGUAAGUGGAGACAAAAGGUGGAUUGAAGAGGAUGCACUGCGACCUGCAGUUUUGAUUCUGUGAGAUCUAAUUUAUUGGGGUGGUGGAUGCCACGGAAUCGCGCUGGAUCAGAGAGCAUGCAGUCUUCUGUUACCUCACACAUUAUCCACAGAGAAUACAGCAAGUGUCGCCAGAAUUAAAACACCAGGUUCUGCAGAUGCUGGAAAUCCAGAGCAAUGCUCACCAAAUGCUGGAGGAACUCAGUGGGUCAGGCAGCAUCUGUGGAUAAACAGUCGAUGUCUCGGGGCUGGGACCCUUCAUCAGGAUGGGAAAGGAAGAUUCUAAUGAAAGGUCUCAGCCCAAAACGUUGACUGUUUACCCCCCUCCAUCGGUGCUUCCUGACCUGCUGAGUUCCUGUGUUUCCACCAAAUUACAUCUCAUGAGAGAGCGAUGAUUUGCUUUCCCCCAAAGCAUGGCAAAGGCCAGGGCACUGAAGGCGGGCCAAGGAGAGUCGGGACGGGGGUGGUGGGGGCUGUGUUUGUUGUACAUGCACUGAAACGCAACCCUCUGUGCCGUUGCUAUUGUAAGUACUUUGUGUCUAGAUUGUAUGUACAACAGGCAGACACUUCGUGCUUGGUAUAUUUGGAGCUGAGAUCCGAGGUCCACACAUCGCAUUGUGUUGGGUAAUGUAAUACCUGGCAUUUCUCAUCUUAUGGUCACCCUGUUCCACUUCGUUUCUCUGCUACGUUGAUAUGUCCCUCUCAUCCCAGCUCCUUCGCAUGGCAUUAUUCUUUCAACUCCCCUACCUUUUCCCUCUUCCUGUCUCCCACCCUCCCUAUCUCCCUCCACCUCACCCCUCCCCUACUCUCUCUCACCCCUCCCCUACUUUCUCACCUCCACCUCCCCUCCCCCUUUCCCCCACCCAUCCCCCUUCCUCCCUCUCACCCCUACCCCUUCCCCUCCUUCCCCCUCUCCAUCCCCCUACCCCCUCUCCAUCCCCUACCCCCUCAACCCAACCCCCUUCUCCCCUCACCUCUACCCCCUCUACAUCCCCUACCCCUUUCCCCCUUCUCCCCUCACCCGUCCUUUCCCCCUCUCCAACCCCCUUCUCUCCAUCCUCCUUCUCCCCUCACCCCUACCCCCCUCCCCUUCCCCCCUGUCACCCCUACCCCUUUCCCCCCUCUCCAACCCCACCUCUUCCCUAACCCCCCUUCUCCCCUAACCCCCUCUCCAACCCCCUUCCCCCCUCUCCCCCCACCCUUUCCCUCUCCCCCCACCCUUUCCCCCUCCCCCCACCCUUCCCCCCCUCUCCCCCCACCCUUCCCCCCCCUCUCCCCCCACCCUUCCCCCCCUCUCCCCCCACCCUUCCCCCCCUCUCCCCCCACCCUUUCCCCCCUCCCCCCCCUCGUCUUAGUGUUCACAUCUGUCCAGCUCCCUGAUGUGAGCCAUUUAGUCAGACAGGACUGCUCU